UAGUCCUUUAACCUCUUUCGCACACAUUAAACUAGUAGUAAACUUUGUUUAUACUUUAUAGUAUUAAGCUAGGAGUUGAACAUAGACCAGAAAUUGUUGAUUAGGUCCUUGGUUUCUGGUGUGUACCUCCCCUUCUUCAAAAUUUUGGAUUGUUCUUCUUAUUUUAUCUAUGUUCUUAUUGUCUUAUAUACAUCAUUACAUGUUCCCUGUGUAUUUGUGUAUAUAUUAUAUGUGGUUGGAUUACAAAUAAAUAUAAACUCUGCAAAUAAUCUGACCAAAUGGUUGUGUCACUGUGUUGCAUGCCACCUUUUUUUAUUUAUCAUUGCAACUUCCAAUAAGAUUUCAUGUUGCUUAAUCUAAAACUUAUUUACAAGUUAGAAAUUUAGAUAGCAGUUUCUCGGUUCAUUCAUUCUUAGAUUUAUCAUAUCAAACUUUAAGUUUGUUUCUUGAGUUUUUUUCUAGGAUUCCUCUGCAAAUUUCUUUCUAUAUGUGUUUGAAGAUUGAGGGCUAGUUUUCCAUGAAAGUGUAGCUCUUGCAAACAUGGAAAAUGACUUGUAUGAAACAGUGAAGAAGAAAAACAGCAAAGUGACUAAUAAUGGGCUUCAGAUUAUUAAGCACCCAUCUUACCAAACUUAUGGUAAACGAUUAUUAUCUUGGUUUGAUAUUCGUGUAUUCUAUUUUAGAAUAAGUAAUUUCAUGGUUGAUGGAGGCACCCCUGCAUAUCUUACUCUAAACCUUAUACCUUUGGACCCUGAUACGGUUCUUGAAGUUAAUGGUAGAAGAUGUACCCUUAAUUCAGAAGGUAGUUCUUGUCAUUUAAAAAGGAACCGAGUAGACACGAAAUUUGAAGAAGUUACUUUCGUGAGUACAUACAACAUAAGGUUAUCUGGUAAUGUGAAAUUCGAGGUUUUUAAUGGGAAUGAUCUUAUUCUUUCCGGUGCUUUAGACAUAUCUAAGGAAAAGAAUGGUGAUACUGGAAAGUGGAGUAUGAAUUGUGAAUCAAUGAUCUAUGGAAGUAAUGGAUUUUUCAUGGAUAAGCGUAUGGUGGUUUGUGAUUCAUUGCCACCAAUGGUUGAAGUUUAUGUUGCAGGAUCAUUUUCCGAGACACCAAUUAUUUUGACAAAAACGUUGCAGAUUAAUCUCAAGAAGAAGCAAAAUAGAACGGGGACGUUGAAUACAAUCCCUGAGUACGAAACUGAUGCAUAUCAAAAAGAUGUUGCACCUGGACUUGAUUUUCAGACGGCAGGAUAUAGACAUCAUAAACUCGGAAAUGAGGAGAAUUAUGACAGCAAUGCAUACUGGAGCCAGACAGAAUACAUGGAAGGUGAAGAUAGUGCACUCUCAUGGUUCAAUGCUGGUGUUAGGGUCGGUGUUGGGAUAGGCCUUGGCGUUUGUAUUGGCGCCGGUAUUGGAGUUGGUCUUGUUGUUCGAAUGUAUCAAUCUACCACCCGAAACUUUAGAAGGCGGCUUUAACGUUGAAUUAGUUGACAAUUUAUGUGAGGAUUAAAUUGUGAUCCAUUGCCGACUAUGUAUUCAAGUCCAUGGCUAGGAGCCGUAAAGCGUUGAGUAGGCUGACAUGUGAACAAAUCUAAUUCACACUGACUCGUGGCAGUCUGUGAUUGGUACAAUAACAUCACACUGAUAACUCAAAGAUGAUCGAUUUAGUGUGAGAAGGAUGGCAAGCGAUAGGUCGGCUGUACAUGUAUAAUGAUGAUCGAGAUUGGCUCAUGUAAUAGUAAGAGUGACCAUAAUGUUGUGUUGAUGAGCUUUGGAUUAACUGUGUCAGAAUUUAAAGUCAGUCCCAUUUAGUUUAUCGUAUCAAAAUUUUAUAAUUAAAUCCAACCCGUUACAAUAUUUAAAACUAAA